GUUCUCGUCGGUCGCCCGCCUGCUGGGAAAUUCCCCCUGUGAAAAGGGCGGAGGGAAGGAGGGGAGUCGGGCCCGACUGUCUUUCCGAGCAGGCAUUCGUUUGUCUGUCCGUCCGACCGAUCGUCCCUUCGGAGGUGUGCGGGGCCUGAGCGCGGCGGCAGGGGGGCCGUGGAGCUGUCAGCAUGGCGGGUGGCCCUGAGCCCUACAUUGAAAUUUUUGAGCAACCCAGACAAAGGGGCAUGCGUUUCAGAUACAAAUGUGAGGGAAGGUCAGCAGGCAGCAUUCCAGGAGAACACAGUACUGAAAACAAUAAGACAUUCCCUUCCAUACAGAUUCUGAACUAUUUUGGAAAAAUCAAAAUAAGAACUACAUUGGUAACAAAGAAUGAACCCUACAAGCCUCACCCUCAUGAUUUGGUUGGAAAAGACUGCAGAGAUGGCUACUACGAAGCAGAGUUUGGGCCGGAACGGCGAGUCCUGUCUUUUCAGAAUUUGGGUAUUCAGUGUGUGAAGAAAAAAGAUCUGAAGGAAUCGAUUUCUUUACGAAUCUCGAAGAAGAUUAACCCUUUCAAUGUGCCUGAAGAACAGCUGCACAACAUCGAUGAAUAUGAUCUCAAUGUUGUCCGCCUUUGCUUCCAAGCAUUUCUCCCCGAUGAACAUGGCAACUACACGUUAGCUCUCCCUCCUUUGAUUUCCAACCCCAUCUAUGACAACAGAGCUCCCAACACCGCAGAAUUGAGAAUUUGCCGUGUGAACAAGAACUGUGGAAGUGUAAAAGGAGGAGAUGAAAUAUUUCUACUGUGUGACAAAGUUCAGAAAGAUGACAUAGAAGUCAGAUUUGUCUUGGACAACUGGGAGGCCAAAGGUUCCUUCUCGCAAGCUGAUGUUCACCGUCAAGUUGCAAUUGUGUUCAAGACACCGCCGUUUCUCAAAGACAUCACUGAGCCAGUCACGGUGAAGAUGCAGCUGCGAAGACCUUCAGACCAGGAAGUCAGUGAGCCUAUGGAUUUCAGAUACCUACCAGAUGAAAAGGAUCCAUAUGGCAACAAAGCAAAAAGGCAAAGAUCAACAUUGGCUUGGCAAAAGCUUAUACAGGACUGUGGAUCAAAUGUGACAGAGAGGCCCAAAGUAACUUCAUUCUCCACUAUCACUUCUGAACGGAAGCUGAUUAAGAAAGAGCCAAGCCUGUGUCCAUCCACACUGAUGAUGCCAGGGAUAGGAACCCUGGACAACCCUAGUCAGAUGUACCCUGUGGGCAGCCAGCUCACACAUCCGCCUGUGCCAGUGGGGCCAGGGAAACGGGACACACUAUCCUCAUGCCAGCAGCUCUACAGCAAUUCUUCAGCCAGUAGCCUGCUCAAUACACACCCCCAGCACAGCCUGCUGCCUCAGGGCUCUCUUUCAGCUUACCAUGAGAACUCUCUGAAUUGGCCUGAUGAGAAGGAUUCAAGUUUCGACUGGAAUUUAGGUGGCAUAAGUGGGAUGGGAGUGGGGCUGUCAACUCCAGAUCCGCAGAGCAUUUCUAGUAACAGCAUCACACAACAGGCUCAUCUCACCAGCACUUCCACAGCUGGCAUCGUGAACAUGGAGACUGAUGACAUGAACUGCACUAGUAUGUACUUAGAAAAGUAUAAUCCAGUGUUAAACACGAGCAAUCACAGGCAGCAACUUCAGCAGGCACCUCCAGCUUGCCCAACUGUAGCAGCCCCAGGCAGUGCACCUUUUAAUUCCCACUCUAACUUAGAUGAUCCAUCAGUUUAUGGCUUUCUAGACCAAAUGUUAAACCAAUCAAGACCAUUCACCAACCCGAUCCCAAGCCAUCAGAAUAACAUUGCAGAUAUCCAGUACUGUGACACUGUUGGUGUCUCCACUGAAGAGCUCUAUCAGUCUUUACAACUUGAAACCAUGUUGCAAAGCAAUAACCAUUGAGCCAGCAGUGUUGGGAUGGAGGUGGGUACGUAAGGCUUUUCUGAUGGCUAGCUGUGUGAAGAGGAGUCACUUACCCUUCUGGAGUCCCUGCUUUCUCUUUCAGAAUGUUACUAUGCAAGUUUCAUACUAUAACUUAAGGUUAUGUAUUACAGCCCAAAGACUGGUGCCCAUAAAGAGAGGUGGGACUAGGGUUUGGGAUUCUCUAUCUUAAAAGUACCUUGUAUCCGUAUUUUAACACUGUUGGAACUGUUAACACUUCAAUCUUCCUUGCCUUUGGGGACUCAAACUGGUAUCUUCAGAAGGGUUAAAAUUUCCAACUUCAGAGGGUUAAAGUUGUUUGAAAAAAUAACUAUUUUUGCUAUGGAAAUUAGAUUUAAAUUGGAUAGGACAGAAGUUAGGGAGAAAACCUGCAUAUGUGCGCUCUAGUUCAGACUCACCUAAUGGUGUUAAAGUCUUACUCCACUUACUUGAAAGGUUUAGGUUUCUUACCCUCUUCUAUACAAAAUCUUCCUAUCCUAAGAUAAGAUCCUACAUUGAUUUUUUUUUUUUUUCCCCCCACAUUUUCACCACACUCCAUUUGCUUUGAAAGCAAAUUUACUCUAAAACUUAAUGACUAUGUCAUUGUUAGAUAUAUUUUAAAAGACCGGAAGGUUUGAGUUUUUGAAUAGUCCAGCUCUGUUGUAAAUGAAUCACUGCACAAAAGUACAAACAGAAAGCAAGGACUUCUCUGCACUUCAUCCAAAGUGCACGGUUUGAAAUGACAAACCCCUGUUGCUUUAGGAAUGGAGCAUGCUGUUAUUUCUCUGGAAUUUUUUUUGUAUGUGUGUAGGUGUGAUGUGUAUGUUAUUUUGAACUCAAAUGUGCUGAGCCAAAGCAUCUACCUAUUCUUUCCUCAGGUAUCCCAGCAGUUUCCUGCUAUGCAAGUGACUGCUUAAAAGGCUCAGAUCCUACCCCUCACAAGAAAGCUUUGGGGCCAAGCCAGUGGCAGUCUUAGAGUCUUAGUGCAGCCUCAUCUUGAUGCACUCUAUUAACAAUUUAAGGCCAUUUCAGUUGGUACUAAUUAAAACACUCCUCUGUGCUCUGUAUCAGGAACCAGAAGUUCCCUUCCACUUGGUUCCCAGUCUUUGCUCUUUGCCUGAGUUGCAAGGUGUUGAGGGACAGCAUAUAUGAAUGUAACGGGCUAGGUAAGACACUCUAUUCUGCAUUGUAAGGCUUUGCUAUUUUAUCAUCAUUGUUUUAUUUUUUUUAAGCAACACAGCAAAACCUAGAGUUAUUUCUUAAGUUGUACACCUGUUUUGUAUGGCAGAUAAGGCUUAAGAAUGUGUUAGUUUGGCAGUGUAAAACUGCACCACAGAAAGAAGCAAUAAACCUCCCCCCAAAACACAACCCUAAAUCAAAAAGCCACUUGAGAUAUGUAGUUGCCUACACCAGGCAGAGAGGAGCUCCAGAAUACUGUGGUUUAUGGGAAAGCAAUGAGUCCAGACUGCAGUCAUUCAAAGCAAUGAGACUGCUGCUGUAACACAUUACAUCAGUUACCCAGGUGCUUCCUCCAGCUCCAAGUGCAUAAGGCAAUGAAUUGGCUCUCCCCUUUUACAGCAGUUUUCUCUCACUUCUGUGUAGCUCCUCUGCAGUCUUAAGUAACAGAAGGACCAAAGAAACACAAAGGAAGUUUGAAAUGUGGUGUUUAUUCAGCUCUUUCUUUUCUCUGAAGUUCUCAGUUUUAAGUAUACUAAAUGUAAACAUUUUACUUCAUAGAAAGCUCUUUAUAGUACAAUUUGUUUUUACUGUAUAAUUAAAUAUUUUCAAAGUUCUGUUUUACUUUGUAAA